AUGGGAGCUGGAAGAGCGACGCUGCGUAUCGCCAGGGCUGCGAGAUUUCUUCUCAGGCCGGCAGCGAGCACGCCUAUCGCUCGACCAAGAGCGGCAUUCUCGUUUCUUGGCGAAAGGAAUGUGGAGACAGUAGCCAGGGGUUGGAUGAGCUCUGGAUUCUAUCUCCAGCAGCAGCGGCAUUACACCGACGAUGUGGAGUUCCAGGAUGCUGGGGACGAUCUCGUGGUUUACGAUCCAAGAGCGUCGCGGAGGUCUCAAGGGAGCGGUGACGCUCUUGAGGACCUGUGGACAAAAGUGGAUUACUCACAGGAUCCAGUGUUGGGGAUCAAACAGUGGGAGAGAUCCGGCAACAAGCUCACGAGAUCGAUGCUCGCUAUGCUUCUUCAAAGAAUGAGGUGCCGACGAAUGCACACCAAGUCCGUCCAGAUUCUUUCAUGGCUCGUCGAGAAAAAACCCAUCGAGGUGACCGAAGGAGACUACGAGCAGCUGGUCACCUUGGCUUGCCGCGACUCGGACUAUGAGACCGCAGAGAAGUAUUUCUAUAGUCUCCCGAGUCACUUGAGCAAGUGGCCAGCGUUUUCGGCGCUCGUCGCCGGCUACGCAUCCAGGAACUUGAUGGCAAAGGCCGAGAACUUGAUGAGAACGGGGACCUCGCCUCUGCCGCAGCCAUACUCGGCGAUGAUUCUCAUGUACAUCCGGAGGGCCGAGUACCAGAAGAUCGUCAAGAUCUACAAGAGUAUGAAGGCGGACGGGAUAGAGCCCAACGUGAUAACUUACGCGGUGCUGCUGAAGUUCAAGGACAGGAUCGGGCCGAUCAAAGGACUGGAACAAGACGUUGAGGACGCGCUGGGAAAGAUCAAACUCAGUGAGAUGUGCGCUGCGAAGAGGCCAGCGAUUGCCGGGAACAUGAUGCACUGCUACGCGAUGCUUGGGAAGCUGGACAAAGUGGAAGAAGUGUGGCAGCAAAUGGACCAAGAGCGUCGGCUCCCAGAAGGUUUCUUCGUCAUGGCAAUUGAGUCUCUUGCGCUACUGGGACAAGUGACCAAAGCUGAGAAGGUUGCACAGAUGAAACCAACCGCGAACGUCCAGGCUCGGCUCUUACAGGCACUGGCUCGUCACUUCGCCAAGCAAGGAAACAUGAAGAGAGUGGAGGAAAUGCUGGGCCGUGCCGACAGAUACGAGCUGACACCAUCUUUCGGGAUUUACAACUAUCUCGUCACCGGGUACUUGGCCAGGAAGGACCCCCAGACUGCGGCCUCGAGGAUGAGAUUGGCGUUGAAAGUGGUGACCGAAGAGCGAGCAGUGCCAUCUUAUGCCGCUGUCACGGGAUUGCUUCCAUAUCUAGCAGCGGAGAAAGACGUGACGACUGCCGAGCAAAUGGUGCGGAGGUAUAGAGGCUGGACGGAUGACAACUUCCACAAGCUGCUCCUUAAUGUCUAUGUAGAAGCUGGGAAAGGACCGUCUCCGGACAUAAAGUCGAGGUUCAGGCGCCUUCCCUGCGUUGGUCACGUCGAAGCCAGGCGGCUGGCUAUCAAGGCCUUCGCGUUAGAACCAUAGCCAUUGCUGCGGUGAUACUACGACUACUGGAGUACUUUUCUUCUCUUUGCGAUGUCAAACGGACCUCGUAGCUGCGGUUAUGCGCAUUACCCAUCGACCGAAGUUAGUAACGAAGAUCUGACGGCUGCGGAUGUUCCUGAUUGGAUCCGACGGCUCCCGGCGGUGUAAUAAAUUGCCAUCUGAAAUAGACAUGACCUAGGGUUACAACAGAGAUGGGGAGAUGGGGAGACGGUGAUGUAUGUGCGUACGCCUCGAUGUGCGAUCAUGUUAUGUAAUUAGCGUCUUGUGAUUCUGGCAGUCAUAAAUCAUGACGGUGGUUUGGAAGAUUUCGAUUCAGGUAUCAAAUUGUGGAUUCUCUUAGAUCCUGGCCAAAGGUGUCCUUAGAGGAGGCAGAAAAGAGCGAGGCUGGUGGAAAGAGGCCAAGAAUCGAGGCGCCAGCGGUAGGCAAGGCUCCAAGAAUCGAGGCGCCAGUGGCAGACAAGGCUCCAAGAAUCGAGGCGCCAGCAGAAAAAAGUGUCGAGGCACCAGCAAACAUCGGCAAGCAAGACCCUUGACGAGCAGGUGUUGCUACUUUCAGACGGCUCUUUGCAUCUAUCAGGUCAGAUAGUGGAUAAGUGGAUAAGAAAGCAUCUGCGAUGCAGCUGAUGGAUGUGAAGCAGUAUAUAUGGGAUGCUCUCUAGGGUCUUACCAAGCAACAGCUGCCAGGUCACUUCAUAGCACAGCAGGAGGCCGGAGGAAAGUUCCAAAGCCUCGUUGUUUGCCUGGAUUCACUGCAAAAAUAGGUGAAUGAGAUUCAACCUCGUCUCCAAGUGCUAAAUGAGAUUCAACCUCAUCUCCAAGUGCUAGAGGAUUGGAUAGGAUAUUCAAAGCCUAGACUCUACGAGGUACUGGGGAUCAAUCAGUUCACUACAGCUGCUGAGAUUUGGACGUUGUGGCAAGCUUCUUUUCUUACUUCACAAAGGAAGCCAUACAGAAGUUCUUGACGAGCUGGUGGAUUGCAAGUCUACAGGGCUUAGGAAGUUGAAGCCAUACAGCUCCUAUGACAAAGCUGCCAUAAGCUAGAGUCCACACAAUGGGGAUUUUGGACAUUCUUGAAUGGGCUUCAUCUUCCUUGACUACUGCAACCUUCUCAGUGGAUAGAUCGAACAUACAGUUGAAAAAGAUAAGAGAUGUCAGAGCUCUAGCAGAAGAUUCGUGUCUUGUUUGAUAUUCAGGGUCAUGCUCACAUUAUUCCGGAGUUCAAGUAUAUCACUGACACUUUC